GGCCCCGCCUCCACCCGGCGCAUGGCCACGCCCCUUCCCGAAGCCACGCCUCCAUUUCCGAAAGCCACGCCUCCAGGGGCGGCAGCGAGCUCCUCCCUCUACCCCCCGUGGGUGCGGAGGUGUGCGUGGUGGCUCCCAGCUGUCUCUCGUUUGAGGUAUCGCUCCCCGCUGCCCUCCCUGCUCCCUCUCCGCUGGCUGCGCCCGAGACCUUCCGGGUCCGCCAAGCCGCCCCUCGCUUGACGCCGUGUGCCGCAGGUGGGAGCCCGCCGAGCUGCUGCUGCUUCCCCACCGCUUCUCCUGCGUCCGUGUCCCGCAGCUCUCCUCCGCUCCGGCUCCACGGACUUCCUUAUUUGCGUCUCGCUGUUGCCAGCAGCUCACAUAGCCGCGGGGCUGCGUUUCUGGGAUGCUUGAACUCCACGGAGGCAGGCUUCUCUGCUGAAGGAGGCGCGUACCAGAGGUGCUGGGGCUGCGCUGAGCUUUCGUGCCUGUUGAGGCAGGCGGUGAGCUUGCUUCUCACUGUGCUUGCCUGUUUGAUUGACGCUGGCUUCCAAAUUGCUACGACUGUGCCUGAAGGAAAGCAGAGGAGCCUCAUUUUGCUGAGAGUAUUUUUCUGGCAGGGGAAGGCACGCAAAGCAGCAAAACGUGCCCGGGAAGAGCUGCCCACAGCCUGGAAGUGUAGGUCCAAAUGCUAACACGACUUCCAUUCAAGCCAUGCUGUUGUGAAUGAAGCCCUUUUGCUCCAGCCUUGUCUUGCUCAGCACACUGGGGGCUGCCCAUGGCAUUGCAGCAGGCUGAGCUGGAUUAGUUGCCGGUGUGUCAUUGCUCCAUCUGUCUGAACUGCUGAAGAACAUUGCAGGAAACAUGUUGGACUUGAGCUUCCUGACUGAGGAGGAGUAUGAGAAGCUGAUGAAGGUUCUGCAGAGAGAUGCAGAGCUGAAGAAGAAAGAUGGGGAUCGCAUCAGACGCAUACAAGGCUCCAUCAAGGAUGAAAAGAAGAAGAAGUUUGUGACAGGUGAAUGGUUUUCAGAAGUGAAGGCAAAACGGUUUCAGGAAGACUUAGAGGGCUCGGAUCUGCUUCGGGCAUCAAUCAGAAGGAAAAAGGGCAAACUAGAAAAUGAGGUCAACGAGCACAUCGGGAGAAGUCUGGAAAGCAAAGAUGCCCCAGGUCCUCCGUUCCAUGAGCAUGCUGCUGGCACAGGAGAGGAGAGAUCCAACACACCUGCUCUUGAUACUGCAGAGGAGCAUAAAAUCUUGCCAAAACCAAAGCCGAGACUUUCUGCCAUGCUGUCUGCAUCACACAAGAGAUUCAGUAUACAUGAUGUUUCUUCCUCGGAGAGUGACACUGGAGCAAGUCCGUUUGCAGCUGCAACAGACAACUUGCAUUUGUCUAGAAAAGGUAAUGGACUGUCUCCACCGCCUGCCAAGCUUUCAGACGAUGCUGUGCCACAGCCCAGCUGUGCAACUGGAGAAGCUGCUGAUGGGGCCACUGGCACCACAGCAGGACCAAAAAAUGCACCCGAAGCAGCUUAUGCUCCCAGCAAGAUACCUGUUAAGAGGAAACCAAGCAGAAGUCUCUCCAGAUCAGAGCAGUUUGUGAAUCACCUCGGGCCAGCAGAGAACAACCUUGAAAAGAGAGAGUUACUGGCAAGCCCGAGAUUGCUGACUACAGAAGGGGAAAACAGCCAGGCAGUGAAGCCAGGCGUGAACUACACAAUCUCAUCAAUGAGUAAUAAAGAGGAGGACAUUGGCCUUGAUCGUGAGCACUUCAAGAAUCUGAAGAACUUCUGGGAGAAGGGAGCAGACUCGGUGAUGAUGGGAAGUGUGCCAGAGUCCCCAGGCUCGCUGGAGGCAGAUGGCAGGCAGUUCAAGCUGUGCCGCUCGCUCUCUGUGCAGUCAGAUCAUGGCCAGAACAGUGAAGAAAAACCUGGAGCCUUCACUAAAACAAGAAGCCCUUACAAAAGGACAAUAACUUUAUCUUCCAGUGAGGAGGAACCAAGCUAUGUAGCUCCUGUGAGGAAGGGAUCCAUUCCCAUUGCUCCGAGGUCUACAUAUGCCAAGAGCAAAGGAGGCCUGGUUACAGGAAAUAAUUCGCUGGGCGAAAGCAAUGGGAAGCCAUCAGUGCCAGAGGAAGAGAAGGCAGCACAGCGCAGCUCCAAGAAAUCCAGAUUGCCUGUGCGAGUGCCUUCCAUCAAAAUCGAGUCUCCUACCAAGGAAGUAUCUGGCAGCAUGUUUGAGCCAGAGACGCCUACAGAGAAGUUGAUUGUGGCAGAGGAGCGCAAGCGCACAGAGAGCUCUUUGGCAAGCAGGGUGCAGACACUGAUUGAGCCUGCGCCUGCAGGUGAUGACAAAAAUGAUGAGAAAGCACAAAGACCUGAUGUGGGCACUCAUGACAACAUGGAAAUAAAUGGAGAGCUACCUGAGGAAAAUACAUGCCAGUCUUCAGAACAGCCAACAGGCAGUGUGCUGGCUGGAGGGAGAGAAGCUGUUCGGAAGAUGGACUUGUCUGUUCACUCAGAGGAAGAUGGAGAUCAUUCUCCUGCUGCUCAAACCUUGGCCCAAGCAAACAGCAUUAAUCUUGCAAAGAGCAUGGUGAACAUUUACACAACCACAGAGACGUACAGUAAACCUCUUUUGAUACCCCAUCAAUUUCUUGAACCUGAAAGAGUCAAAGAACUGAGCAGAUCCUCUCCUCUCCUGUUGUCUGAGACAGAAUCAGACACGGCUUCGGAAAUCAGCUUCCAGUUUAGCAAGCACAAAAAGACUCCUAGCAUUGGCAGCCACUCCUCCGACAUGGCAUCUGUCUCCUCGGUGAGUGGCAGUGUGCUCAGUGUGUACAGCGGCGAUUUUGGGAGUGUGGAUGCCCAGGGUACUGUGGAAUUUGCACUGGACUAUGAUGAGAAGAACCGUGAGUUCCAGGUUCAUGUGUCCCAGUGCAAGGACCUGGCUGUUGUGGAUGAGAAGAAAGACAGGACUGACCCGUAUGUUAAAACUUACCUGCUCCCAGACAAAGCGAGAAUGGGUAAGAGGAAAACCUCAGUGAAGAAAAGGACUGUGAAUCCUGUUUACAAUGAAGUGCUAAGGUAUAAAAUAGAGAAAAUGGUAUUGCUGAUCCAAAAAUUGAAUCUCUCUGUUUGGCACAAUGACCCAUUGGGACGUAAUAGUUUCUUGGGAGAGAUCGAGUUAGACUUGGCCAGCUGGGACUGGAGCAACCGAAAACUCAACUGGUAUCCACUGAAGCCCCGGAGUCUUUCUGCUGUUAAUGGCGUGGAUCAUCGAGGAGUGAUGAAUUUGUCUAUUAAGUAUGUCCCUCCAGGAAGCCUAGGUCCCAAGAAUCCUCCCUCUGGUGAAGUUCACAUUUGGGUCAAAGAUGUCAAGGACCUUCUGCAGUUGCGUCCUUCUGGAGUUGACUCCUUUGUGAAAUGCUAUGUGCUUCCAGACACGAGUAAGAAGAGCUACCAAAAGACCCGAGUCGUAAAAAGAGACACAAACCCUGUUUUCAAUCACACUAUUGUGUACGAUGGCUUUCAUACAGAGGACUUGAAGGAUGCUUGUGUUGAACUGACUGUGUGGGAUCAUGAAAAACUAACCAACCAUUUCCUUGGAGGAAUCAGGCUGGGCCUUGGGACAGGUUUGAGCUACGGCAUCCCCGUGGACUGGAUGGACUCAACACAAGAGGAGGUGGCCUUUUGGCAGGAGAUGAUGUCUGCUACCAAUGAGUGGAUUGAGGGGUUGCUGCCACUACGCUCGUUGGCAGGGAGGAAAAAACUGAAAUAACCUACUGUGUGUUCUAGAGCAAGGCUGAACCUGUUUGUUAGAUAUAGGAAACUUCCCACCCCGAGGGGAUAGAGACCAUGGGGCUGGCAAUCGUAAGGUUAGUAAGGCAGUUCAUGGGCAGCACUUUGGAGAUGUUAAAUGUUAACAAUUUGUUCCCUGAUGGAAGACCUGGAAAGUGCCAAACUGAUGCUAUGCUUGAUUUUGAACAAGAAGAAAUGUUACCUUUUUAUUUAAUGAGUGUGUUUGAAUCCAUUAAGCACUGGUAACAUCAGCAGGAAAGAGGAAAUCCAGAUAUUUAUUUAUUUUUUUACUCUUGCUUGUACUGUGUUGUUUUUUUUUUAACCCAUGCAGAGAUGUAGUUGUACUGAAGCUUCGCUGUGGUAUCACGCAUAUUUACCUGCAGGUGGUACACUUUGUACUUUAUGUAGAAUUGUUCCAAGUCACCAGGCAGCACAGGCUGAAAAUGAGAGCUUUGCAUUUGUCACUGGUGGCAACACAUCUGUACCAUGAAAGAAAUUGAGAUCCAGAGUGAAUCUAAAGAAAGAGAGGACUGUUUGAAACAGAAAAUGAAGCAAUCCAAGGAGGAUAACAACCAAGAAUUCAAUAUAUUAAAUCCUUCCUGCUUUAAUACAAAAGAGAAAAGAGAUGGUCCUGCAGCUAGUAAGAUUUUGCAAUCAAGAGCUGCUUUCCUAGCUUUCCCACUGGCUUCGUCAGUGACCUCAGGCAAGUUACUCUAUUAAAACAGUUCCAGUGCAAUAUGAAUUGAAGUGCUUGCCUAACUGUAAAAUAACAUUACAUUGCUAAUGGACCUAAUAGCAUCUUUGAAAUGCCUUGUGUGCAAAACAUUUCAGUAUAAAAUAAUGAUGUAGGGAGCAGUCUUGCGUUAGCCUGGCAUAAUGGGUCAGGAAAAAUGGUCAGAACUGCAGUGGAACGCAGGAGAUCCUGGGAGAGGUAAGCAGGGAGUGAACGAAUGCCAAGGGAAGCUGCAGAGCUGAGGACUAGGGUAACCACCUGCCUCCAUAUGUCCUGCUCCCCUUCUUGUCUGCCUCUCACCUGAUGCCUGUCAGAUAGUUGUCCAGAGCUAGAGCAACCUUCUUGUCAGUAAUUGCAAGAGUUUUGUGUCUGGCACACUCUAACAGUGAUAGAGUGAUGUUAUGAAUGCAUUUUGAAAUGUAGCUCUGUGAUUUGUACUUUGGAUGUACAUAUUGUGAUUAAAUAGAAUGUUUUUCUUUAGUCAUCAGCUGGUCUCCUUGUGCCUGUCUUUAGCAUGGUCUGAGUAAUGACAUUGCAAGCAAAAGAGGUGUUAUAUUUUAUCGUGUCAGAAUGACCCUUUUUUGCCCAAGGGUAAGUGAAAUGUUGUGGAGAAAUAUAUGUAUAUAUAUAUAUUCGUAGUUGUCCCAUUUUAGAUUUUGGUUCUGUGAAUAUUUUGAUAUUCUUUAAUGUGUUGAUUCUAUUUUUUAACUCAAACAGCACUAAUAUUCAGCUGAGCAAAAUGGUUCUAAAUAAAUGAAAGAAAACUUUGAUGGUUAAAAUAACCAGAGUUUUUCAUGAAAUGAAGACAUCUGGGAGAUAAUCAACAGCUGUCAGGGCAAACAACAAAGAUUGUGGUUUUGCAGUUGGAGAAAGAUAAUACUUGAAAAUGUACCAGUUAUGGUACUGAAAGCAGUAAGAGAAGGCCCAUAGGGCAGCAGAAUUAAUUAAUGACUAACCUAAUGAAGGACUUGGUCUAUAUAGCAUGUCAACCCAAAGAGACUUUACAUGGGUUCUAGCCUGGUGUCACUUUAGUACCUCCAUGGGAUAAAACAGCAGCAUGUAAAUAUUUAUGCAUACAUACAAGAGAACUUCCACAAAGAGGCCUGCUUGUUGGUGGCUGCAGUGAGCUACCUGCAGGACUGCUGCUCUCACCCCAAAUGUUUCCUUAUCCAUAUUCCUCCUGGGGGAUUUCUGCUGUACCUGCAGAUGUGGAUGGUGCUGCAGGAGCCUCCAGCCAGGCAGGCCCAGCUCUUCCUCCAGGAGGUUUGUCUGACUGCUUUCCAUUGUGAGCACAGAGCCAUCCCUCCUGCUGCUCCUCAUGUGCAGCAGUUGGGACAAGCACUGCUGUUACACAACUAGAGCUGGAAGUGUUUGUUUGGUCUUUCAGAAAAUUAUUGUCUUUUUCACCAGCGGUGCCAAUAAAGGGGAUAAAGGGUGUCAGUGGCCCAGCUUCAUGCCGGAGUGGUGGCUGCUAUGGACUUGGCCCAGGAUUUUGUGAGCAGGUUGUUUCUGUAUUCAGACUUCUUUGAGGAUUUUUGUUAAUCUUUCAGUAGCUUGUUUAUUUAAAUUAAGCCCUGAUUAACUUAAGGAGCUUUCUUUGGCAUUUAAUGGUUUAUCAGAGUAAAAGAUUACACUGCCAAACCACACACGCAUUUGCAACACGGCUGUAUUUGAGGCAGUAAAAUUUGCCCUGUCUUAUCUGUGUCACUUACUAUGCAGAAAGCACUUUAUCUGGGGGAAAAGAACCACAAAACUAAGGCACUUUUGUUGUCAGUGACACACGGGGGAGUGGAGGAGCUUGUGAAUAUAAGGUCAGUGCCUGUUUGCAUGUGGCUUACGAUGCUGACGUUUGUUGUCUGUGCCUGCUAUAUAUGUAAACUCAGGGCCAUAGGCUUACGAUAACGUGAGUUUAAUAGUAAUUGGUUAAAAAAAAAAAAGUUGAAAUAUUUCUACCUGUAUUUACUGGUUCGUUGUAGAGUGGGUUAAGCAGAGUUCUAUAAGAAGAUAUAUGAAAGUAUAAGACUCAGUGCAUGUAGUGUGUUUAAAAAUUCAUUUCUAAGACUACAAGCAGGCAAGUACCAGUGCUACAUGUUCCAGCAGGGAUCCCUGCAUGCAGCUCCUGGGGCCGAGUCCUGUGGUCACUGAUCCCUUGCUGGGUACAGAGGUAACCCCAGGGGCUGGGCAGGCUGAUGUGUUGCAGGGUGCUACCUUUAGGCACAAUCUGCUUAAAAUAAAAGAAAAAUAUCAGUGUCUGCAGUUGAGCUGGGCAGCUACUUUCUAUGAAUGGUCUGCAUUUGAGAGUAAAUGUGCUCCUUUUGAGUUUAUACCUUAUCUGUGUAACUUUUUCUUUGAAAUCUUGUAAGCAAGAAGAGAAGAGAAGGCAAGAUUCUGGAAAUUAUUUCUUCCUCCUCGUGCACGUAUAAUCUGUGGCCUGUAUGUAUUCAAAUCUUUCAUAUCACAGGUAUCAAACUAUCAAAAAUAACUGGGAAACUAACUAAAGAAAAAAAUAACUGCUGAAUCUUGAACAACAUCCAGCAGAUGAGUGUCUUAGAGGAGAUGGAAAACAAGUGGUUGAGUUAAUUAUCCAUUACCAAUAUUUGCUCGGCUCUAUCCUUCACCAAGACAGGGGAAAAAAAAGAAAUACUGUGAUGAUUCAGGGAGUAAAUUAUGCUGCCUGAAUAAACCCAUGUAGUAACACUAUUUAAAUGAGAUUUACUGUAUUUUUGAAGGCUUGUCGAAUUGACUCAAAAAUGUAUCAAA